UCUUUUAGUCGUAGCCUUCUAUUCCUGUAGAACAAAACACUUUAUUAAACUACAUAAAUCGUUGCGAUAAAUAAAUAAUUUUUUUUUUAUAUAUGUAGGCAUAUAUUCCGUUUUUAAUUCUACAUCGUGCAUAUAUUAUUAAGUAUUUCAUAUUUAUCAGUAUAUUAGUGACAAAAGAAAAAAUUUAAUGCGAUUAUGGUCGAUUUUUUCGACAGGAAUAAAAUAUCAUCGGUGGUUCCUUGUGAUGAAACUUUUCCAUACACAUACAAUAUCCAAACUUAAAACUUAAAAGCUCCUCGUAUGUCCUGAUUUUUCAGAUUAUUGAAUUUUCAUAGGAAAAUGAUUCAGUGGUAUUUUUUUGUUUUGCAAUUUUAAUUGCUCUUGUUGUGCAGAACAAUGUUUAAAAUAAAAAAAAAUCGAAAUAUGAAUUAAUUUAGUGAAUAAAUUAAACUUCAUGGCUAUCAAUAAAACAACCAAUUUUUCAAUUAGUGAAUUGUGUAGUUGAAUAUAGGAAAUUUAAAUACAAAACAAAAAUAAAAGUUUAAAUAAAACAGAGGCAAUUUAGAAGGUAUCAUAAUGCACUCGGUUGGAAUUCAUUCUGCUUUGGCCAUUAAAAGGCAACGCAAGCGUAGAGAUGAGCAAAAACGAGCACGUGGAAGGCGCUACAGCACCCAAAGUUCUGAUAGUGGUGACACACUUCAUUCCCCAAAUGGAUCUGUCAAAAGAAGGCACAAUCAUUAUAAAACAUCUGGUAAAGCUGGCACCGAAAUGCUCGAGACUCAGGUGGUUACCAGUAUUGGAAUGCUUCAUAUUGGUGUUGUAUUCGUUGUAUUUGGAAUUUUCUUACUUGGAGCUGGAAUAAUUCCCGAUGACGCAACUUCAUGGAAUGUUUUUGGACCAACAAAUGCUUGGUGGAAUGAAGUUACGUGUACUGGACUAUUCUCUUUAGGUCUAGGUAUAUUUCUUUUAGUCCUCAAUUGUGUUAUUAGCCGCAAAGAGGAAGAAGAUCUUGAAGAUUAUGUUCAGCGUCAACUAACAAGAUCUCGUUCCGGACAUCGCUUGGAGCGCGAUGUUGAAACAGGUGUUUUAACAACACGUCAUACUAGAAAGGCUGUUGCAUUACAACAAAAUUCUGCCCGAAAUAUAAAUGAUAUAUCAAGCAAUACGAUAAUUGGAGAAUCUUGUGACAAUGAUAUGCCCGUUGAUACAGGAGGUUUCUUAGAAAAAAUAGCCGAAGAGGAGUCAAAAUACAUGGAGGACCAAAAUGGAGGAAUAUCUCCUUUAGAGAAUGAUAAAAGGUACUUAUUGAGAAGAGAUUCUCCAUCUAAUACCAUCAAUAUAACAAGGAUAUAAUAAAUUUUCCUAAUAGCUUAAAAGCAGAUUUAUAUAAUAUUUAAUUUUUUCUUUUUUGUGAAAUUAAUUAACUUUAUAUAAAACCAAACAAAAAAAAAAACAAAAAACAAGUUAAGAUGUACAUUUCAUAUUUCGUAAUUUAACGUUUAAGCUUUUAUAUUUAAAACCAAAAAAAAAAAAAUAUUUUACUGUUGUAUCUCUACAGACUUAAAAGACUUUAAUAUUUAUUGUAAUAUAUAAACAGAGGAAACCAUAUUUCCCCAACACAUAUGUACAUUUUUUAAAAAUAAUAUUUAUAGUUAUUAUACAAUUUUUGAAAAGAAACGUACGUUACAUAUAAAAUAUUUUGCACAGCUAACAUGCUUACUUCAUAUUUGAAAAAAAAAAAAAAUUUAAAAAAAUAAUAAAUAAUGUGAUUACGAAACUUCGGAGGCGACAUUAGAAAUAAUUUGUUAUUCAUAAUGUUAACAAAUAAUAAAAAAAAAAAAUAUCCUUUAAAUAAGAGAGUAAUUUAGAUAGAAUAUUAUAGUUAAUAAAUUAAAUUUUUGAUUUUCAACACAAUUUGACACAGAAAAUCAAACGAUUAGGACUUCAAUUUUGAGAUUUUGAAAGAGAAAAUAUUCAAAAACAAAAUUUUGAUUAAAACCAUAAUUUCGAAAAAAAAUUUAGUUUAUAGACAAUUUUAAAUAGUAACGAAAAAGUUCUUUCUGGAACUUGGCAUAAGCUUUAAAGCAAUAUACAUAUGAGACAAGAUUAUUUGGAACUCGGACCAAAGACGUACAACAAUGAAAAUGGUGCCAAAUUAAUGUCUCAUAAUGCUCAUGCAGUUAGCUGCCAUGUCACACGUUUUUGUACGACACCUCAUAAAAAAAAACAGAAACCAUGUCACACAUCUUCCUGCGACAUCUGAUGCUACAGAUCAUUGACACUUAACAUCUUUGCCUGCAAUAAAGCAACAUCUUAAAAUAAAAAGGUUCAGAUACGUAGCGACUAAAUUGGUUUGCUAUCGAAAAAAAAUCUUUGCAAUUUCAGCAAUUGUUUUGGAAAGUUGACUGGAAAAGUGGAAAAUUGGGCAAGUAAAAUCCCACUUAAAUGUUUUACUCGUCUUC